AUGAUUGGUAUGAACGAGAGUCAGCUCAGGGCCAUUAGUGCCAUUGAGAGAGCCUGUUCAGUCUUGUCGCUUCUGGGCUGUCUCUUCACCAUUGUUACUUUCUGCUACUCACGAUCCUUUCACAAGCCAAUCAACCGACUGGUGUUUUAUGCCUCCUUUGGCAACAUGUUAACUAAUAUCGGAACUUUGAUGUCACGAACCUUCUUGGAAAACGGUACUUCUUUUGGGUGCCAAUUUCAAGCCUUUCUGAUUCAACUAGUUACUAACGUCCCCCCCCCCCAAAACUACAGAUUUAUGCCUGCAGAUGCCUUUUGGACUUUGGCUAUGGCUAUUAAUGUUUAUCUUACGUUUUACUUCAAAUUUGAUGCCGAACGCCUUCGACGCAUGGAAAUCGCCUAUUUAAUUGGCUGCUACGGCAUCCCAUUCGUGCCCGCCUUUGUCUUUCUUUUCAUCAAAGACCACGAUGGAGCACGUGUUUACGGAAAUGCUUCACUGUGGUGUUGGAUCUCCUACGACUGGGAUCUCCUUAGAAUUGCAGCCUUUUAUGGCCCUGUCUGGAUUGUGAUUCUGAUGACAUUUUUCAUCUAUAUACGAGCCGGGCGUACCAUUUAUGAAAAGCACAAGCAGCUUCGAGGCUUUAACUCGUCCGACCCUGACCCUCUUUCAGUCAACGGCGACGCCAUCUCCACCGUCAAGACCACGGAGAUUACCGUCACAAGCGAGGUAGCGGGAGAGAGGGGAAUGCAGCUCGCCAGCAUGAAUCGUCAAAACUCCAACUCUGUGCAGAGCACGAGGAGUCCCAACGGAGCGUACACAGUUCACAUCUCAGCGGACUUGAAUAACACUGCCCAGACCUAUGACGAAGAUGCCCUGCCCAUUCAAGGAACGACACUGCAACAUACAUCUACGGUGCAACUUGCUCCUCGACGACCAGCCAACAUUAGUCGUCGACGCAACCAUGAGCUGAACAACGCGGCCUGGUCAUAUACCAAGUGCUCUAUUCUCUUCUUCACAGCAAUUCUCAUCACGUGGAUCCCGUCGAGCGCGAACCGAGUGUAUUCUUUUGUGAAUGACAAGGAUGUCUCUGUUACUCUGGAGUUCAUGAGCGCCUUUGUCCUUCCCCUCCAAGGGUUCUGGAACGCCGUCAUCUACGCCGUGACGUCCUGGUCGGCGUGUCAAGAGCUCCUGGAGGAUCUGCGGUGGAAGAAAAGACCAAGUGUGUCCGAGUUAAUUGACGAGAGAAACGGUCGCGACAAAAAGGAUGCCGCAACACCCCCCCGUAGCCGGAACGUGCUCAGGUCCCCUCCCGGCAGCUCCAGGACUUUUGCGUCUGACAGCACGACAGAGCUGGCCAAGGCUCGGGCUCAUUCAGCUGAUGGCAGCCGUCACUGCUGA